UUUAUCUGCAAGAAUUGUCUAAUUGUCUUUACUCUAUCCUCGGCUCGGCAUCACCAUUUCAUCUAUUUUAACUAGUUAAUUAACGAUAUUAUUCACCAAUCCAUUGUUUUGUAUAAUCUAAACAAAUAAGAAAAGUAUAAACCAAAAUGGAUGACAAAGAGAAGAGGAAGGCCGAGGUUCGAGCUCGUCUUGAACAGGCAGCGGCAGCGACCAAAAAGAAGAAGGGAUUCAUGACUCCAGCCAGAAAGAAGAAGCUCAGAAAUUUAUUAAGAAAGAAAGCCGCUGAGGAAUUAAAACGAGAGCAAGAAAGAAAAGCUGAGCAAAGAAGAAAGAUUAUCCGAGAAAGAACUGGUGAACCCAAACGACUGGAAGAUGCAAAUGAAGCUCAACUUCAGUCUGCAAUCAAAGAGUAUUACGAAAGGAUUUGUAGACUUGAAAGUGAAAAAUAUGAUCUUGAAUAUGAUGUUUCAAAGAAAGAUUUCGAGGUUCGCGAAUUGAUGGCCAAAGUAAACGAUGUCAGAGGAAGAUUCAUCAAGCCACCAUUAAAGAAAGUCUCCAAAACUGCCCAACAAAUGGAGAAGAUUCGUAUGUUCACUGCCAAGGUUUCCCAAAUGGACUACCGAUCAGGCCUUAAACAAAUCAAGAAAUACGAUCUUGACAAAGAUAGAGAGGAAAAGGAGAAACCAGAAUGGGCUGCUGGACAAAAGGAGAAAUCUGUCGCAUCUGAUAAGACUGAAGGUUAAGGUACAAGGAGUAAUGAUCUGCAGGAAGAAAAUCAUCAUCGCCUUGUUGUUAUUCACCUUCAUCAAACUUUCUUUGUUCUACCUUUCUCCUCGUUAUCCUUUACUAUAUUUUCUGGAUUCUAGAUUUUCUUUGACAUUUUUCUCAUUGUCUUGCCAUCGAUCACCGCCAGUGAUGUGGAUUCAACCCAUUUGAGUAUAUCUUGUCUUACCGUCAUGUCCUCUAUUUGUCUUGUAAAGAGGAGUCAAAACCAAGUGAAAGUUGCCGAAAGAAAAGCAAAGAAGAAAAGAUUUGGUACUAAUUUCGCAUCUAGAUUGUCCAUUGUUGAAUCUAAUUGUGUCCCAGAAAAACAAACAUCAUCAUACAAAAAUAAAAUUAUGAUAAACUUAAUAAACAACCAAGUUAACCAUAA